AUGAAGAUCCGAUUAAGAAAUAUCUCGAUAUCUAAAUCAAUAGCCAUAGUGCCUCCCACUCGAAAUCUCACUCAAAUUCGACUUCGAUCGAGUUACACCAAAUCUUUAACUCGUCCUCAAUGGAAGCAUAUCCAUGAAUUCACAGACAAGCUUCAACGUAAGGAAUUGGCACAAGCCAGAUCUUUGCUUACGAAGUCAUUCAAAUCGUAUGAGCUGCUGCAUCCUCGGAUCAUUCAAAUCAUGCUUAUGCAAUUGCUAGAUUAUCAACUACAACAUGGUGUGCAAGAUGCGUAUGCACUUGUACUGUUGUAUGAAGAGUUUGGGGCGUAUAAACCAGUUAAUACUAUUGAUCUAGAACUGGAGAUUGUCCAACGAGACAUCGAGUUGAAGUUUUUUGUUUGCUUUCUACAGCUUUUUGUGGACCUUGAAGAUACAAUGACUCCUAUGUCACAGAAGAUAUUGCACCACAAGAUACAAUCACUUGCAACCACAUACCAGUUCCAGCAACAUGAACUCGAUAGAAUCUUAACAACCCACGAUAGAAGGAGAAUAUAUAACUUGGUUGUGGGCUCUUAUACAACUUUUGAUACGUCCACUGACCUUUUGCAUAGUGGUUCACUUGUGCCUUUAGAUUCCCUUUGUGAGUUCAUUGCAGCCAAUAGGUAUUCAGAAUAUGACAGCCAUACUCAGAAAAAGGCUCCUAUGUAUGAACUCUAUGAUCUGUUGCUGUCAGAAGAUGAACAGAGAGUAUUCAUGCAGAAAUACAUGAGAUUCAACAGUAUCAAACAAAGCGUGAUUGAAAGAAGCUCUCAAAUACUUAAACCUACAAAAGAAAUUGGAGAUAGUGAGCAGAUACAAAUGAAUCACCAAUUCGAUCAAUGGAUCAAACAAAUAAUAGAGGGCAUGGAAGAUCUUCUAGUACAAUUAAAAAAUGUUCCCUUGAGUGCAACCAAAGAUGAAAUACCUUCACAUCUUUUACAUGUGUUCCAAUACAGGUUAGUCAUAGAGUCAUUACCCAAGAAGAUCACCGCAGAAAUUAUACUUUCCCAUUUGCUAUCUAAAUGUGCCACUGAAUCAAAAUAUCAAGCAGCAACAGUUGUAUCUAUAUGUAAAUCAUUGGCCCCUUGUUUUGAUUGGAUAGGAACGACAACGUCAUUAGGACUGACAUUAUCUUUUGAAGAACGUGUGAGUAUUAUUGGUUCGCUAUUGGAUAUUCCUAUUCGUCGGUGUACCUUCUUAAAGAAGUCUUCAAAGGUUCCUACUCCGGUAUUCCAAUACUGGUUAGCAAAGACUCUACCCUCGGAGAAGUUGAAGACUAUUGGUGCCAUAAAAAUUGAUCCUUAUUUAAUGCCUACAAUUCGGAAAACAGUAUGGUCUUCUAAAGCAAUGAAUAUUACUUUGCCUAUGCUUUCAACUCCGGUACCGUGGUCUUCUCCAAAUAAAGGUGGAAAUUUAUUCCAGCGGAAAUCGUUUCUUCUUCUGUCACAAGAAGCUAGUGAACCACAUCCACUUAUAUUCAAAGCUGAUGAGAAUCAUGACUUAGACUCGACUUACAACGUACUAACCAAUCUUGGUUCUGUUGCUUGGGCCAUAAAUCCCAGAAUGAUUCAGACAUUUAGUGAAGCAUUGAAGUAUCCUAAUGGGUUCAUGAAUAUUACGCCUACUCUCGAAUGUAUACCCCAUGUUGUGCUUCCAGAACCAAAUGAGGCAGACUAUGAAUCCAAAGAUGCUUUCUAUAGAGCCAGAAAGAUGAUCCACGGCAAGAAUGCCGAUGCACAUAAGGAAUACAUUGCUCUAUACACCAUUAGAGAACAGUUGGAAACCACAGCAAAGAUAGCUCAAGCAUAUGCUAGUAAUGGGGAUAUGAUUUAUUUCCCCCAUGGAGUGGACUUUAGAGGAAGAACAUAUCCAUUUACUACACCAUUGAAUCACCAUUCUCAAGACGUGGUACGAUCCCUUUUGAUGAUGUGGAAUGCAAAGCCAUUAGGUCCCAAUGGCCUCCAAUGGCUCAAGUACCAUUUAGGGGGUAUGUAUGGAUCAGUGCUUCCAUUUGAAGAUCGUAUAGCUUACAUCGACAGCCAUAUGGAUGACAUAAUUGAUAGUGCACAGCAUCCGUUUGAUUGUAAAGGUUGGUGGAAAAAUGGGCUGAAACCAUUCCAAACGUUAAGCUUAUGCUUUGAAUUGGCUUCAAUUACAAAGUUUGUUAACGAGGGGAACAAAGUAGAAGAAUACCCUUGUCGUAUUAUGAUUCAUUUGGAUGGAUCUUGUAACGGCUUGCAACACUAUUCUGCAUUGGGACGUGACAUUGAAGGUGGGAAGGCAGUAAACUUAAUUCAUGGGAACAAUGAUGAUAUCAGAGGAGACAUUUAUGAAACUGUAAGAAGUACCGUUGCCAACAAAUUUCAGACUAAAUUGAACGAUACAACAGUUGACUCUGAAGAGAAACGACUUUCAAAGCUAGCAUUGUCUAUCUUGAGUAGAAAAAUGGUCAAGCAAACGGUAAUGACAAGUGUUUAUGGAGUAACACCCUUUGGAGCUCGACUCCAAGUGAAGAAGCGGAUCUCGGAAUUGCUUGAAGAAUUAGAAAUCAAGAAACGUGAGGGGGUUCCUAUUGAAGUUGAUGUUGAAAGUAUUAAUAAACUGAAAUUUGAAUUGGCCUUUCAAAUUGCUAAUGCCACUUUAGAUUCCAUUGAUGAAUUAUUCUCUAAUGCCAAAAGAAUAGAAGAUUGGCUCAAGGAGAAUUGCUUUAGGGUUUUAACAUCAUUUCAUAAACCUCAAAUUUCCUUUGUCAAUGCCAAAUUCUAUCAACCUUUCAUGUGGUAUACAUAUUCAAGGUUCUUGGUCAUUCAGGAUUAUACAGCAAAAAGCACCAUAAAUGUACCUUCGGCAUUGCAACUGAUAACUUUGAGUAAUCGUACUUCAUCGUCUUCCAUUAACUUGAGAAAGCAUUUGAAUUCAAUUCCUCCCAACUUUGUUCAUUCUCUAGACUCUUCCCAUUUAGCAUUGACAUGCUUGGCUGCUCACGAUGCUGGAGUUACUUUUGCAGCGGUACACGAUUCCUUCUGGACGUACCCGUCUCAAGCAGAGCAACUAGGAACAAUACUUCGACAGACUUUUGUUGAAUUGCAUUCGUCAAACAUCUUGGAAACUCUUGUUACAGAUUUGAAAUCUUAUACAAGGGCCUCCUUUCAAUUGGUUUGGAUAUGCAAUAAAGAAAACCCACAACUAGUGCAAGCCAUACUGGAUUUAAGAAAAGCAUACCAUGUUCCCAAUGUUGAUAAAACAGAGUACUUUGAUGGUGUUUUAAGUCACGAGUUCAAUGAAACUAGUAAAGCAGAGGUCACUCCAAAAACUUUAGUGGAAGUGUACAAUCCAAAGUUAUAUCAUCGAACAACGCAAAAGUCAUUAAAGGAGUAUAAUGAGUCUGUUGUUGCUGUCAAGUCCAGAAUCGAAUUCAACGUCGAUAACUUCACUCCAGUUCUUAUUCCUAUCCGGUUACUUGAUCCCCCAACUAAGGGCCAAUUGGAUAUCAACGAUAUUCUCAAAAGCACAUACUUCUUUUCGUAA